AUAACAUUAUCUCUCAACGUAUUCAGUGGCACGACUACGAAAAUUAUAAAUGUGAUAAAUGCUUCACUUCCUCUAUGGCAUAGAGGAUAUGCUAUUAGUCACGUUUCAUCCAAGCUUCCUAUUUACUUUAGAUUCGCAAGUAUUUAUUUCCAUGUCGUUUUCUCGUUAUUCUAUCAAGUGCUUGCGUUUAAAACAAAAUUUUGCUAACGAGCAAACUGCUGUGAAAUACCAAAAGCGCGCGAUUUUAAUAUUUGCGGAUAGGACGAGAAUGCACAGUACUACUACUGUAUUGAUACAAAAAAUAUGUAUUAUCAGCACGUAUCUUCAGCAACUUCAGGGUCUUUCCGUCUAAUGUACGUAUAAAAUCAUCACCAGCUGUGCCGAGGCGUAUACUUUGCAAACAGGAAGGCUGAGUGCUACAGGCGUAGAUCUAUUUUACCUUUUAUACCAUUUUAUUUAUUGUAUUACCGAAAUGUCUCGAAUCGUAUGGAUAAUAGCUUUCCUCGGUGUUAUUACUGGGACUACUUCCACCAUUCUCGACAAUCCUCGCGAUUUAAAAUGGUUAUCCGGCGUAGAUCAAGUACCGGUAAUUAAACAAGCUAAAGAAGAACGAACGCUUUGCGACACCAAGGAAUGCAUACAACUCGCAAACAUGUUAUCGGAGGGCAUGAACACCUCGUUGGACCCCUGCGAUAACUUCUACGAGUACGCUUGCGGAAAUUGGAAAGUGCACAAUCCUCGUCCUAAAGACGAAACCUCUUGGAAUUUAUUGAGAAUGCUUCAAACGAUCGUGGAAAAACGUGUCCUAGAAAUAAUGGAAAAAGAUUCAAGCCCUGACGACCUCUUGGGCAUGAGACUCUCCAAACGAGCAUACAAGGCUUGCUCGAAUACAGAUGAAUUGGAAAAGAAGGGACUCCAACCACUUUUGCUUACCUUAUGGAGAAUAGGUGGCUGGCCGAUGAUAAUGGAAGACGACGAAUGGAACGAGGAUUUGUAUAAAUGGCAACUGGUGGACGAUUAUUACGCUUCUUUAACAGGUUUGAACAGUUUGCACGAUCUCAGUACCGACCCAGUUCAUUGGUUAAAUAGGACAGUGUCCUUUCGUCUGAGCAGUCCGCAUUUGCUGCCAAAAGUAUACAAACUCGUGGGCUACGACGAGAUCGAAAUGGACAGUAGCGAUGAAGACAACGAUGAAAAAGACAGUCAAGAACGAGGUAGCAAGGAGAAACGUGACAGCGAAGAGCUCGAAGUCGAAGACGAGGAUAAUGAAUAUAAAAAGAAACUGUCGAGAAAACGAGUAGCCAAAAAGAUGCUUAAACGAGGUGACGAUGAAAAGAAAAGUAGGAGGUCGAAGAGGGCUGCGAUAAACGCAAAAGUUCAGAAGCGGUACCGUGUCGUGGAGAAAUUCAUUGCUCGCAAGGUUAUAACAUUAUCGAAACGAAAACCAACGUCUUCAGUUGACGAAUCUAUAGGGAAGAGUAAUCUGAGAAUCGAUGAGAAGAAAUAUGAUACAAACGGUGACAUGUACUUUGACGAUGACGUAGAUUAUGGCAGUUACAUCGACGAAGAAAAUGAUGACGAAGGCAACGAAGAAACUGUCAACGAUAGCGACGAUGACGAAAAGAAUGACGAAAGUGGUAGUGGUAGCGGUAACGGUGAUAAAGGAGACGAUGAAGAUGGUAGCGGUGACGAAGGAGACGAUGAAGAUGGUAGCGGUAAUGGUGAUGAAGGAGACGAUGAAGAUGGUAGCGGUGAUGAAGGAGACGAUGAAGAUGGUAGCGGUGAUGAAGGAGACGAUGAAGAUGGUAGCGGUAGCGGUGACGAUGACGAAGAGUCUCCAGAUGACGGAGACAGUUAUAGUGAAUCAGAGGAAGAAAGGGAACGGGAACAAUUCAGGAAGAAAUACGCAGGAUACAUAUUAAAUGUUGCCAGAGCCCUUACCAAAGCCAGAGGUAUCCCGAUACCAAAAGAGAGGCUCCAGAAAGACAUCGAUGACUUGAUCAAGUUCCAGAUAAGUUUCAUAAAGAUUAUAUACGCGGAGUACAUUGGACGAUCCACUCAGCUUCGACUGUUCCAAAAAUCCUACGACGAUUUGAAAUCCAAGACGAGCAACAGCAAAAUAAAUUGGGUGAAAAAGGUGCAAGAUUUGGCCGCUACAGCGGGGAUAGAAGUUGAUAUCAACACAAAUAUCUCAGUUCCAUCAAGCCUUUACAUGAAGAGUUUAAAAAAGUUGUUGGAUAAUACACCCAGCAGGACAAUUGUGAAUUACAUUCAUUGGAACAUCCUUAGUAGAGUAAUAAAAGCUACUACGAAGGAAAUGGAGGACUUGUACGCAUCUUGGGAAGACAGCGAGGAUAACACGAUUACGAGAUCAGAAGUAUGCAUCGAAGACUUAAAGCUGAAAAACUAUUUGGGUUACGAGUAUGUGAAACGCUAUUUUCCUGACGAAACUAUGAAAGCGGCCUUGGACAUGAUCGACGACAUCCAAAAGGAAGUCGAAUAUCAGAUCAAAGGUGCAACUUGGCUCGACGAUAGCACCAAGGAUUUCGUUUUAGACAAAUUGGUGUACAUGGUCAAGAUGAUUGGGUAUCCACCUUGGUAUCGAAAUAGCACCGUCGUAAAAAAUUAUUUCCGAGGACUCAGUAUUAGUCAAUCGCAUUUCGAAAACGUUUUGAGUGUCAUGAGAUACAAAAAACAGCAGAACAUAAGAAGCGUGUUCACGGGAGAAGCGGACAAACGAUAUGACAUAGAUCCUUUGCUCGUGAAUGCCUUUUUCAUGCCCAGUUUAAACGCUAUCGAGGUAACAGCGGCUGAUUUUCAGAGACCUUUCUACGCGCCCAACCAUCCAUGGUAUACAAACUUUGGUCUUAUAGGGUACAUCAUGGGUCACGAAAUAAACCAUGGAUACGACAGCCGUGGUCAUUUGUUCGACAGACGCGGUGCUUACACGGAAUGGUUACGCGCGAUGGCAGAGGAGUACGAUAAAAGGGCGGACUGUUUUAUAGAUCAAUUUAACAGAUACAGCGUGGUAGAAAAUAGAACAGCCAAUGUUCCAAUAAAGGAUUAUGGCAAACAAACUCAGAUGGAAAAUAUCGCGGACACUAUGGGUCUGCAGGUGGCCUUCAAAGCUUACCAACGAAGGCAAAGGGAAUGCGCGAAACCGGAUCCCAUGUUACCAGGACUUGAGAACUUCACCAAUGACCAACUUUUCUUUUUAUCUCUUGCCAAUGCGUGGUGCGAAUCUACCAGUCCUGAAGCAAUCAAGGAAAAAGAGACACGGGAUUCGCACAGCUUGGGCCCGUUACGAAUAAUAGGGUCCGUUUCCAAUUCCGAGGACUUCGCCAAGGCUUUCAAUUGUCCGGUGGAUAGUCCUAUGAAUCCUAAAAAGAAAUGCAAUAUAUGGAAAUAAGAAUAGUUAAUAGUAACAUAGUUAAAUAAUCACUAGCUCUCUUAUGUCCCUAUAUACUUUAGCAUUAGCUGUAUUUGUAAUACAACUUGUACUUAUCAAGUGCAAUUACUGUAUUCUUUUCCUGUAAUUAAUCCAUGUAUAUGGGUACAGAUUAAAAUAAAUAAAGUACUGUAUAUUUUCA